GUUGUGUACUUAUUACUAAAGUCUGAAUAUUUAUUAAGCUAAUAGUUGAUAUAAUGUCUUUUACAAUUUUUAAGAAGGCCACAAAGGUGGUUUGUUACAUAAGUCAAAGGCCGUUGUUGUUGAAAUUGAUGAGAAAAUUCACCAAUGAGAAAAAUUUGGUGAAUCUGGCCAAGACAAGAUUCGCAACGGCCUUUUUGACUUUGGAGGCUAUGUAUAAACAAAGGAAGAAUUUGAGAACCUUGAUCAUCUCCAACGAAUGGACUUCUAGUAAAUUUACAAAGGAAGUUUUGGGGAAAGAAGUUUCCGCCAUUCUUUAUUCUACAUACUUUUGGAAUGAUGUAGUCAAGGCUCUUAAAGUUUGUGGUCCUUUGGUCUCGUUCCUUCGCUUGGUGGAUGGGAAAAAAGACCCCCAAUAGGCUAUAUGCUUGAAGCAAUGGAUAAGGCAAAGGAAGCUAUUCAACGGGGGUUUGAUAGAGUUUCAAGGCAUUAUGAGAAAGUCCUCAAAAUAAUUGAUUCAAGGUGGACUGACCAACUCAAGCGACCGUUGCACUCCACCGGGUAUAUUUUGAAUCUGGGUUUGUACUUUAAAUCGACGAUGAGUGUGGAGAAAAUUGCGAAAGUGUGGGAGAGUUACUACACUUGUGUUGAGACGAUGGUCCCCGAUCUUUCCACACAAGAUUUACUACUUGCUGAGCUUGCUAAGUACAAGAGUGCGGAUGGAUUCUUUGGUUCUGGUCAAGCUGUUAGAGCCAAAGACACAAGGUCACCGGUUGAGUGGUGGUCCCUAUUUGGCAGUGGAACUCCAAAUUUGCAAAGAUUUUCCAUGAGAGUUCUGAGUUUAACUUGUAGUGCAUCUGGAUGCGAGCGGAAUUGGAGUGUCUUUGAACAUAUUCAUUCCAAGAAGAGAAAUAGGCUUGAGCUAUCGCGUCUCAAUGAUCUAGUGUACGUUAAGUACAAUAGAACAUUGACACGUCUCUAUGAUAUUCGCCAUUCCAUUGAUCCUAUUAUCUUAGAAAAUAUUGAAGAUGCUAAUGAAUGGUUACUUGUUGGCCCCAAAGAUCAAGAAGAUGAAUUGGUGUGUAUGAGGAAGGUGAUCUUAAUUGGGGCACUGUUGCUAUGCCAGUUGGAGCUAAUGAAGAUAAUAUCUAUGGUCUUAGGAGAAAGUCAAGGUCAAGGUCACUUGACAAGUGAAAAGCGACAAGUUAAGCCAGACUUGGGCCCUAAUUGAUGAAGAAUCCGAAGAGGAAGAAGAUGAGGGGCAAUAUAAUGAAAUGCAUAUCGGAAUUGAAGAUAAUGCAGAUCUUGAAGAAGAAUAAAUUUGUUUUAUGGAUAUUGAAUUGUUGAGUCAUUUAAGUUCUAGACUUUUAGUAUCUAUCUACUAUCUAUUUUUAAUUCUUGACUUGGAAAUAUUCCGAAUAUAUUAAUGUUAUUGAAAUUUUGAUCAUUUAUAUAUUAUUUUAAUUUUUUAUAUUAAUUGUCGCCGUACAUUCAAAAGGCGCGCGGCGAGGCGGAGCUUUGUCGCCUUUUGCCGUCCAAAACACUGGUCCGGAAUACCCUCAGCUUAUAAGCUGAAAACUUGGUCGUAGGAGGGUACAACCUAUCCUCCUAAACCAUACCCUAGGGUACAAGUGGUACCUUUUUCUCGUACCCCUAGCGUCAUUGUGGACCCCCAUACUGACCAACAUGCGACCACAAGGUCUAACUCGUAUCCUAGCAUACGAGAAGUACUCUCGAACCCGUUCCUUCGACAGAAUGCACUAGGCUAAGUUUAGUGCAUCAUACGACCUCACAUGUAUACCUCGUACCCUAACAUACGAGAGGUAAGAUGUCCAUUCGGACCUUGGACAGAAACCAACCAAACCACACUGAUUUACCUACGAGAAGAGGGACCUAAACCGUAUCUUAGCAUACGACAAGUAUACUCAAAUCGUAUAUGUCCAGAAAACAAAAACUCAAGAAAUUUUUUAAGAGUCAAAAGCCAAGGUGUUUCAGUGCAUGCAGGCCUUGUUAUCCUUUGCCACUUGAGAAUCUUUAGCCACACUUCACCAGAAAAAGGGCACUCAAAUAGAGGGUGAUCAACAGUCUCUUGGCUGCCUCCACACAAGCUACAAGUUGCUUCAUCAAUGAUGCCUUAGCUCAUCAAUCGAGCUUUAGUCUGCAAUCGAUCUUGAAUGGGUAAAUAUAAGAUAAAAAAUCCACCUUGGUGCUCCACAGUUACACCAGACCGGUUUCCUCCAUGCGGACUUGGGAACAUCUCGCAACUUACUAUACCUCUUCAUUGUUGAGAAAUGCUACAUGCUCAGCAGGUCCUGUUCUUUGAUAUCCACCUUCUCCGGAUAACUUGCAGCUUUGAAGAUCAUUUUCACCACCUCUGUGCUGGUUGACUACCCCAUAGCGGUUGAUGGCCUCCAUAAUAACAAUGUAUCCACUUAAUCCAUUAUUUAUCUUUCUUAUGACACGCAUUCCAUAGUAGUUUUCACAUUGCAGCGUUACAUAUGUCAAGGAUAUUCAAACCUCCAGUCACUUUAGAGUUUAAUGGAAGAGAGAACUCCAAUCUCUUGCUUUUCGCUGAAAUAUUACUUAGUUUAUUUAUUCUUCAAAACCCUUUUAAAUAGGAGUAUUACAUCAAUAGUCUAAUCUUUAUGAAAGUAGGAAACAUAAAAUCCUAUUCUAGAAAGUCUAAUCCUUGUGAAAGUAGGAAACAUAAAACCCCAUUCUAGAAUAAUAAAUAAAACUACUAAAAUAUAAUUAAAUAUUUAAUUAGUUGACUUCCACGGAUCCACAACAUAGGUGCACUAGCUGAAGACUGCGCAUUACCCCAAAACUUCCCCUUGGACUAUUUCUUUCCCCAUUUGCCACCCUGUGACUGACCGACAUCCUGGUCUGCUGACCUAGUCCUCUUAUUCUGCCUGUCCUGUACCUCUCCUGUACCUCUGCUUGCUUCUUCUCAUCCUCAAUCUACUGCAUAUGCACUACCAUUAUGCACUACCAACCUGGAGAUAUCCAUAUCAUUGUUUUGCAUUGCCCCCUUGAAUUCUAACACAAAGUCACUAGAGAUUCCGGCUGCGAACUUCCUCAUACGAGAUAUCUAUUGGACACGAACUCUGGGGCAUAACGAGACAACUGGUAAUUUCAAUGCAUACUCUUUGACACUCAUCCUACCCUGCUUAAUAUUCACAAAUUCCUCAACCUUAGCUUCCCUCAACUCUUAGGGGAAGAAGUGAUUAAGAAAGGCAUUAGAAAACUCUUCCCAAACCGCAGGUUUAACAUUUUUACCUCUUUAACUCCUCUCACUCAUCAUACCACUUAUAGGCCACCCUUUUAGACUGAUAGACAACAAAAUCUACUCCCUCGAAAUCACUAGCAUGCAGAACUCUGAAUAUCUUCUCUAUCUCAUCCACAAACUCUUGAGGAUCUUUCCCAACCUUAAAACUCAUAAAAGUGGGUGGGUUCAGCCUCAUGAAUUGACCAACCCUGAUAACCUCAGAUGAACUGGUAACAGAUCUCACAUUUUCAGACCGACUAGAUAGAGAUGCCACAAGCUGAGCUAGCAUAUGGAUAGAUUUACGGAACUCAACAUUCGAGACCUCUCUUGGGGUAUUUUUUUUUUGGUUUGGGGGGGUGGGCUGAGUACGGUCGACACCGACACGAGGAGCUCAAAGAAGGCUAGUACGCUAAUUUGCUCGAACUCGGGUGCGGGUGUUCGAUACGGGUACUGAUCUAGAGGUUGGAUCCUUCACGGUCUCAAUUUAAAAAUUCGGGGAUAUGGAUCUAGAGAAAGAUACGGGUGCGGGGAUUGGGUAAAAAAUAAUUCAAAUAUCUAAAAGUAGAAUUACAAAACAUAAAUUAUGAGAUAUUAUAUAGAAAACUUGAGGAAAAAAUAUUGUUCAAGAAGAAAAUCCUGAAAGGAGAUAAAAAGAAAAAUAAUAACAUAGAAGUUUCUAUAUACAAGGUAUUCCAUUUUCUUCAAUUUUACCUUAGCUUUUGUUUUGAUUACGAAAUUUCUUAAAUCUAUCUGGACUUUUCAGUCGAUUUUGGUAAAAGUUACUCAAAAUCGGUUGACCUGAUCGGGUACAGAUCCCACACCCACACUACACCCAUGUCGUGUCGACAUGGGUGCGGCACCAAAAGUGAAGAGUCUGAGUAACUUAGCUAGUAGGGACUGGUGGAACCCCUGGAGGAGCAGUAAAUUCUGGAGUACGGGCUCUUUACCGGGUUCGCAUCCCAUGAGCAGGGCGGACCUCUUCAGCAUUUGUCCCAAUGGGAACAGAGGGUCCAACUGAGGUCUGACUGUUGGUUCUUCGGGGAGGCAUGAUUUGAAACGCGGAAAGUCAUAAGUUAGGAGAAUUUCAUGGUACUAGACUUUAUAACACGAACUAGAAUCAUGAAGAAAGUGAAACGUUCCUAAAUGCCUUGUAGCCUCUCUUAUAAGCGUGGCAUGCUACACAUCCAUAAAAGGACUACUUAACACGGCUUCGUAAACACCCUGGGAUCUUGAACUGUGCUCUGAUACCAAGCUGUCACGACCCGAGCCUAGGCUGUAGCUGCGACAAGCAUCCCGAAUCAGAAGGGCUCGAGAGACCCGUUAGCAUACUACCAUAAGCAUAAUUCAAAGCGGAAGAUAAACUAAAUAAGAAGAAAGUUUCAUAAUCAAAUCUAAUACAUCAAGACGUACUGAAACAUAAGCCCAAUCCAAUCUACGAAGCCUCUAUUGAGUACAAGUUUGUCUAUGUCGGGACAAAUCCCCCAGCCGGACCAUGAAACUAAGAGAAACCAACAUAUGAAUAAACUCCUUUCCGAACAAGGAAGGCUCACUGGCUCUGAACUCUGAAAAAAGUCUAUUGCUGCACUGGACCGCGGUACUGAGCCUUAGAACCUACAUUAUGAGACAGUGCAGCAGCCCUAGGAUGGUCAAUACUUGCAAUGUAUUGGUAUAUAGAACGGCCAAAGAAAAUAACUUUCAAAAGACUGAUUUUCAUUCAUUAUCAUUAGUCCAGCGUGAAACUAAGAACAACAUAAUAGUGAAAACAUCAUAAGAAUCAUAACAUGGGGUUAUAUAACAUCAAAUCAGUUUGAAAACAUGUAUUUUAAUCCAAAAUUUCUUUCUAAACGACAUCAUGAUAUUAUUUCGUUCUGAGCUAGGCGACAUAUCCGACAUGGUCUAAAAAACCCCACGGGCUAUGCAGGGUUCGACAUUGACUUGUCGGUCAAGCCCCCAAUCUGAGUUUACCGCAAAGAUUUGAGUGUCUGGUCUGGUAUACAAUUGCAUACAGCAAGUAUAUAAUGAUCAUCCGUAUUCAGGAUAGAAUCAAUCCCGCGUCGGCAAAACACGCUUUCAGGCUAUGAGUUAGCUGAACUCGUUCCUUCUCGAUUAGCCACCUAACUUUCUUUGAGCUCAUAUUUUAACCACUUAAAGCAUGCAUUUUUCUUAAAACAUGGUCUAUAGUUUGAAUUACACUCUAAUCUAAAAUAGACUGUAGUCUGAAAUAGUCUGCAGUCUGAAUAGUCUGUCAUGGCAUUUGUCUGAUUUGGUAUCGUCAUACCAAGAGUUGCAAGUCUUAUUAGCCAUAUAGCAUGUUCUAUUUUACCACUUACAUGUCAUAAAACAUUUACCAUCAUAAGAUGUUUCAAAAAGUCACAAAGCAAGACUCUUUUAAUAAACAUUGUGGUUUAGGUAAACAUUUCUAAAUCAUGAAUUCUGUAAAAGCUUUAGGAGGAGACUUUCCCCCUUUUAAUCAUAUUCAAGUAACCAACAUAGAGAAAACAAGAGCAACACCCAUUGAAACCUUUCACAUGCAUAAUUGGGUAAGGAAACCAUUAACAACCUCAUGCUUUUCAUAAAUCUCAAUUUAACAUGCACGUGUGUAUAUAUAUACACACCCACGAAUGUACAUAAUUGAGGUUGAAGUGAAAAUCUUGUAGUUAAAACGAAAAUCUCAUAGUUUCAAUACUUGAAAGAGAUUACCAGAUUGUAAAUCAGACCCCAUAAGAUUUAGGUCGUUCUACAUACCUCUAAUGGAGAGAACUUGAAUCAAAGGUUACCCUUAGGAUCUUCUACUUCCUUUCGUCUCAAUUCUUGACUUGGAUCAGACUUGAGAGUGUUCUGAUGUUAAUUUAGGGUUGUUCCCACUUAGAAUGAACGUAAUAGAAUAUCAGGGGACUGUUUUAGGUGUAUAAGGGCCAAAAUACCCCUCAUGAAUACCCACAAAUUUGCAAAAACCGUUGGGUAACGGGGGUGGGGCGCGACACGACCCCCAACGCGCAUACCCCCCUUCGCAGCGCGGCCCUUUUGCGAGGUUGAGGCAGUAGCCCCUCGCGGCACAGGACCAUUGCGUGGUGUCGCCCUCGUGUCACGCCCUCCAAAUCCGUCUAAAAAUGUCCCCAAGCCAUUCUAACUCCUCUUAAUGUAGUUUGUCUUCAAUCUAGGGGUCUCGUGGACUCAUUUUUCGCUCUAUAUACAUGCCGUGAAGUCCGGGGUGUUACACUAUGUUCUUUAUUAUUGUAGGUGCAUGCUCCUACUUCACUCUAUGCUCUAAGAUGGCUAAUAUAACUACUUAUUCUCCUUUAUAAAAUGUUUUACUUCUUUUUGCUUAUAUACCUUAUUCAAACCCCUUAUAUUCCAAACAGCUAUACUCAUGUGUGUUGAUGAGGAUCAUCUAUGUCCGCCACCUCUCCCUUACUACUCUGUUCACCUACAUGCCAUAUAUCACACACCAACUCCUGGCUCACAACUUCAUCAAUCGGGCAGUGAAACCCAUUGGCAAUAUUGAUACUAGUUGCUGUGGCCAGAGAUAAGUGACUGUGACCCUUACCUAUGGAUUUGCUUCCAACUGUUUGCCGAGCCGCAUUGGUUGGGAUUUCUUGUUGCAUCUGUGGGGGGGUCUGGGACUGGUUCUGCUAUUUGCUUUGGUCCCUCGGGCCUUUCAAAGAUGAUACAUGUUUCAUCCCAAGCCAUGACCUGUUUUGGAGGCCUAGGUUUAGGUUGUUUUGGCUGUGCUUCACAGGGUCCUUGCAUACAUGUCUUAGCUGAAGGCACACGGGACAAUAAACGGGCUUCCAUUCAUACCAGAUGUCCUGUGAGAAAGCUCUCCCUGUGCAUCCUGCACCUGCACCACCUUUGGCAAAGGCCUUACAAUACCCAUCUCCACCAAAAUUCGGGCAUAUGAUAUCCUCUCCACCUUUGUUGUACAGUCAUCAACAUAGAGAGGAACACCAAGUGCACUUCCUACUCGACUCGAAGGAUUCUGGUCCCCAAUAGUUAAGUGGAAAAUUAUGCAAUUGAACCCAAAAGUUGAUUGUUUUCAAUACCUCAUCAUUAAAAUUAAAAUCCUCAGUCCACAUCUUCAUAAUGAUCGGCUUACUGUUCAGUGUAUAAGGCCAUGUGUAAAGUAGUGCAUUCCUAUCUUCCAAACUUUGGAAUCGGAACUAGAAAGUGUCCAUCAUUGUGCCAAAUACACAGCUGGUUUGGCAACAAAAUUCCAUUGAUUGGCUAUAAAUCUCUCUCGAGUUCCAAUACUUGGUUGGCCACCCAUAAUAUAAACGAUCACCACCUGCUUCCAUUUUUGUGUGGUCAAAUCCACUUCCUCCUUUGCCAAAGUGACCACAGGUACCCCAUCUCAUAUUUCUUUUGCUACAAAAGUGUGAUUCAUUCCCCUCAUAGCCUUCUGCUUGUUACUGAAUAGCUUCGCCCAGGGUUGCAUUGGUUGUUUUAGAUCUAGCUUCCGUUGUGCCCCUUGAAUGUCAUCAGGGUGCGAUUUUACUUGCUCCUGAAUUAUAUCACCCACUGGUGUUACUAAUUUCUCUUGAGCAGUUGUGCUGCUCUUUGGGUUCGAAACCUACCCCUGUGCCUGUUUGCUCCUAGCUCCACUAGAUUGCCCCGCCUUGCCUACCACGCUCGAUCCUCGAUCUGCUUGUACCAUGGAUGGCGUAGUUUUGGGGAAGAGGGGUUUAGUGGGCAAUGGCAAUAGCGGCCACUGCUCUAGUGUCACCCUUCUCUUCGAAUCUCAUGUCGUAGUUCCGAUAAUUACUUCUCUCUCUCAGAUCUCUCUUAGGGGUGUGCAUAUGUUCUCUUUGUGUAUUAUCGGUUAGAUUUAUCGAUUUUCGAUUUGUCAACACGCUAAACCGAUAACCAAACCAAUAAGAUACUUGUUAUCAGUUUUCAAUUUAUCUAUUCUGGUCCUUAACGGUUCAGUUUAUCGGUUUAACCUAUAAGAAAAUGCUCCUUUUAUUAUUUUCACCUUCUCUUCUUAGUUUCAUAUGUUCACACAUAUAUACACUACCUUCAUGCAUAGAAGCCUACACAAAGUAACAAGUUGAAGCAAAUUCAAAUACAUUAUUACUAAAACAAACCUGUUUUCUUUUUGGUUAAGUAACGAAAUUGGAUGCAGUAGCAAUUGAUAGCAAUCUCUCAAAAAAGAAAAUUAAUGUAGGCUUAUAGUUUAUAUUAAUGGGUGGAAAUCCAAUAAGUCAACAAUUUUAUAAAGAAAAGAACAAUACUUAGACGGCAAUUAUAAAAUUCAAAAAAUAAUAGGAUAUGUAUUUAAAAUCUAAAACCACUAUUAUAUAACUGGCAAUAAAAUUAUAAUUUUAAUAUAAUCUUAUUGGGUUAUCGGUUUAACCGUUAACUAAAACCCAAAAUCGAACCAAUAUCCCAAUAAAAAGAUUUCUAAAAUCGUUUAAAAACCGUGUACCCAAUAACUCGAUACCGAUAAAUCAAUAACGAUUUUUCGGUUCAGUGUAUCAGGUUAAUUCAAUUUUUGCACACUCCUAAUCUCUGUAGUAGUCUUAUGUCUUGAGCUAGCUCCUUCCUCUUGUCUUGCGAAACCAAACCAGCUUCCGGGGUCAUCCCCGAGGCAUUUCCGGCAAGGUGCACACACUAGCAAAGUCACUCUAUCAUGCAUCCAGAGCAGUCAUCUUUAUUAGUACUAUUAUUAUAUACAUUGUCCAUUUAUAUUAAGCCCACAACUGUUUAUAUCAUGCAGAUAAUACAUUUGCAGGCACAAUUUUGAAAGAGGUUUUAGACUGAUGGGGAGCUUAUGGAACAUCAGUGAUGAGCUCAUAAG